AUGAUCCUACUACAGUGUUGGAUUUACGAGCACUUCCCUAGGAUCUGUAAGCGAAGUGAUAGAGGAGCGGUUCCUGCACAUCUUCCAAGAGCAUGUAGGUGGACUGCAAAACAUGCUGUUGAAGGUGGAUUGAUGGCAUAUCGUCGGAGACUUGAUGCGUUGUUGCUCGAGUAUGUAGUGUUUACACCAUAUGAUGAUGAUCGAGCUAAUCAUCCAUUUGUAUCGAUUUCGAUGUUUUUUGGAUAUCUUCGAUGUGGUGGAGUCUCAGUCCCAUAUUUGCCAGAGCAAUGUCUUCGACAGUUUGUUGUAGAGGCCUUUCGGAGACUAUAUCCUGUUGCGACUUUUCCUGGAGAGGUCACUGCAGACUACUAUGCAUGGUACAUUAGUGUUUCACAUACUCUGAUUCUCCCUCCAUCCACUGUUGCACCUUUGAGUCCACAUACUACUGUUGUUGCACAUGCUGGUCCAUCAUCUUCUGCACAUGCUGCUACUGCACAUGCUGGUCCAUCAGAGCGAGACCGUAGAGCAGCUGAGCUUGUACGUAGGGCCAUAAAUUUGGUAACUCCAUUUAGUGAAAUUCAUACCAUGUUAAGUGAGUUAAGCCUCUUGUACAAAGAUUAG